AUUGCGUUGAGUAUAGACAAAUAUUAAUAUCGAAAGUAGGCUUUUAAAGAUUUUCUGUGGAUAAUUUAAAAUGGUAAGUCCUACAGCUUGGCAAAUGGAAAGAUCAUUUGAACAGACAAACUGGCACAUGUUGCAAGAUGGCAGACUUUGUGACGUCACUUUCUUGGUGGGGAAUGACAUAAAAGAAGAAGUGAAAGCUCACAAAUUUAUCCUGGCGAGCAGAAGUCCUGUAUUCUAUGCUAUGUUCUGUGGCUCACUUGCAGAGUCAAGUAAUACCAUACAAGUUCCAGAUAUAGAACCCGAGAUAUUCCGAGCGUUACUACGGUUCAUUUAUACAGAAGAUUGCACAAUCAACGAAGACAACGUCAUGCCUCUUUUAUACAGUGCGAAGAAGUAUGAAAACAGCCGGCUUACAGAGAAAUGUAAAGAUUAUUUAAAUACCCAGCUUUCUAUCGACAACGUCUGUGUCAUAUUACAGCAUGUACACAAGUUCGAUGAAACUGAACUAGGACAAAAGUGUCUUGAAUUCAUUUUUGAAGAUGGAGAAAACGUACUAAAAUCCGAUGGAUUUGCUUCUCUACCAAAAGAAGUACUUCAGAAAAUUAUCGAAUCGGAUAAUCUCAAUGCGGACGAAUUAAGUAUUUACGAUGCAUGCAAGAGAUGGGCCGUUGAACAGCAGAAACAAAAAUGUAAGAAACAGAAAUAUCCCGGAACUGAGCUUAGACAGGAACUAGGAGAAAUAGUAUAUAUUAUAUAAGAUUCCCUACAAUGUCGUCUGAAACUUUUGCAAAACGUGUAGCCAUAGAAGACCUUUUAACACCAGAAGAAAAGGUCAGUGUUUUUCAAAGCUUAGCAGGUGUCGACACCAAAAUGCUAUUGCAUCGGUUUCGUAAUACUAAUCGUAAACGAGUACGGACACAACACUUAAAAUUGUCAAGAUCAGAUUUAAACUACAUCUAUGGUUGGAAUUAUGGUGGCUCUCCAGAUGCAAUGAACUUUAAAGUGUCCAGUAAGUCUAGGCUUUUAGGCGUGAGUCUGUUUGCGCCGCGUUCGACGGGAACGGUAGAGGGAGAAGUUAGUUUAAAAAUUGGAGUUACUACUUUAGCAUCUAAAAGUGAUCUUAGGAUAAACUAUCAGCAGUCGAAGUACGUCGAGGAUGUGCUGUUUGAUCAACCAUACACAGUUAAACCAGGGGUGGAAUAUACAAUACAUACUUUGCUGAAAGGCGCACAAACAUAUAGCGGCAAAAAAGGUAAACAGAAGAUUUCCUCUGGUGCAUUUGAUGUGACUAUCUUCCAUUGUGCUGCAAGUACAAAUGGCACUUCCGUAAAAAGUGGUCAAAUUCAUUCUCUAAUUCUAGAAGUAUUUACUACUGCCUGAAAACUCAAAUUAAACGGACUGGACUCCAGGUUUCGGCUAAAAUGAUCUUAUUUGGUCAUAUUAUCAACAUUAGGUCAUGGGUUUUUGUUUAUAGACUUUAAAAAAAAAGUUAAAUCAAUAAAUAAAUUUCUGUGUCGGGAAUCGAACACGUGUUGCCUCGGAAAUAAAAAAUUCCUAUAGGAGGAAUUCGUACUGAACGCCUAUUUAUAUAAAGCUUUAUAAUUUAGGCAGUUUACCUCCACUACCCCCUUACCAAGCGCUUCAGCUUAAAAUGGAAAAAAUAGCAUAUAAAUUUAUUUUCAUGUGUUUUCAUAACAAAUUACCUAUCAGUAACUAAGUUUCAAAGCCAUCUUAAGAAAUUAAGCAUUAACUAUCUUAGAAGUUUCUUUUUUCUUUGUUUUCCGUUCGAAUGCGAAAUCUUUAAACAGAUGUGUCUUAUAAAAACCUAGCUCAUAACCUUUUGUAAUGACAUAACAUGUGAAAUAAUAGUCAAUUACACUCAAACAUUAACUACAUUUUCUCUGAUACUGAAUUCGCCCUAGCUUUAUUUGGCUAGUGAGACAAACUUUCUUUGAUUCAAUUCCACAGUGUUCUAACAGGUGAAAACAGAAAAAAAUCAUGUUACCUGACGAAAAGGAGACCGGUCGUCCACAAAAAAUUUCAACGAGGAUGAGUAGCAUCAAGUCUAAAUAUGUCAUGUAAUAAUAACUUCACGUUUUUUGUUUUCUAAACGAAACCGACUGUUUGAGAAUAUCCACGCCUAAACCAAGCAGCAGUAUUCAACUGUGACUCUAGUAAGAUUUCGCGGGUGUGCAAAAACUCUUAAAAAGGCGAUUUUAGUAGCAUUUCAUCCCUCCUUUUUUGCACUAUCUUUUUAUAGUGAAGUGGUUUGAGAAUAAUCUACGCGUAGUCUCAUGUGCGGUAAAUUACUUAAUGUUCUAUAAAAGUUGAAAUCCACGAAUUUGUAUCCCCAUGAAAUACCCGCUUUGACCAAACACCCUCGAAAUUAAAUGAUUCCACAGCAUAUACUUUGUUAAUCAUCACUUUGAAUUGAGUCAUGAAUUUCAAAACUAAUGUCUGUCUUAUCUUGUUUUACUCACUCCGAUGAUUUAUGUAUAUUCUAUGUAAAACUGUCUCAAAUGGCAUUGUUUAUAAAGAAGGUUAAUAUAUAUUUAGACAUAUUUUUUUUUUUUUUAAAUUGUAAAAUGAAGUAAAAAAUCAAGAUUUUGAGGUUUCUCCCAUAUAUAUAUAUACUUACAUUUCAAAAUGACCUGAUACAAGGGCCGAGUGGUUGAGGUCGCUAGCUUCAAAUCACAUGUCGAUGUGGGUUCGAGCCUCAUUCGGGGCGUAGAAUUCUUAAUGUGAGGAAGCCAUCCAGCUGGCUUAUGGAAGGCCGGUGGUUCUACCUAGGUGCCCACUCGUGAUGAAAUAAUCAAAGCUGGAGAAUCGCCAUAUGACUCGAGGUUCAUAACAAGAUGACGGCGUCCAUACAAAACCUCGCCCUACUCAUGAACUGGAAAAUGCCUACUAUGAAACUUUUCAUUUGUUUCCCGAUCGGCCAGGUUUGUGUUCAUGGCAGUCAAACCUUGAUCGUACGAUAGCUUAUAGCGUUGACUGUGCAAUAAAUGUUGUUACUAUGGAAAGGUAAAAGGUCCAAUAUCAUAAUCGAAUCCAGGAUCACUAAAGUAUUGAACAGAACUCAAUCAAGAGUUGAUAAUAUAUGAAAACCACCGUUCAGCCAUUUAACAUAUUGUACGAAUUUUACCAAGCGGGUCACUUUAGAAAAGGUUUAGAAACGG